CAGGCCUGGGCCCUGCCUGUUGUGCGAUCCCCAUUGUGCUGCUGGACCUGACGAGCAGGAUGGACAAUGAACCCCAGGAAAAUGUGGGCCUGGUGAUGGGGGUUCAGGCCAUAGAGCAGCGGCCAAGAUCGCACGUCUCUACGAUGACUCGGAGCCGCCCCGGAAGACCAUGCGCAGAGGGGUGCUGAUGACCCUGCUGCAGCAGUCGGCCAUGACCCUGCCCCUGUGGAUCGGGAAGCCUGGUGACAAGCCCCCACCCCUCUGUGGGGCCAUCCCCGCCUCAGGGGACUACGUGGCCAGAGCUGGACACAAGGUGGCUGCCCAGGUGAAGGCUGUGGAUGGGGACGAGCAGUGGAUCCUGGCCGAGGUGGUCAGUUACAGCCAUGCCACCAACAACCAGGAGACACACCCUGAGCUGACGCUGGAUCAUCCCCCUGCCCCAGUGGAAGGACAACCCCGAGAUGGACCGGAGGCCUUAUUUGGGCCAGGGCGGGUCAUGGAACUUGGGCGAGGCAGGAGAGAUAGUCAAGGAGACAACCAUCUUCUCAGGAUGCUGCGACCUUGGUGACCUCACGGCCAACACAGUAAGCCUCAGCAUUCGCCUGGGCACUGAGUUCA